AUGGCUGAGGCCCUCUCGCCCUGCAACUGUCCCGAAGUGGUACUUGGCACUCAUGUUGGAAGCGCUUAUGGGUUCCCGGUUGAGCCGUUAGAUGCAGCAGAGGAGCAGUAUUUUCUUCUAUCCAGUGGCACCAAUAACACCAAUGGCACCAAUGGCACCACAUGGGAUGAGGCAAGGUUCUACUGUCAGGUCUGUUAUAAAGAAAUGGCCACCAUCAAUAGUAGAAAUGUCCACCUUAUCGUGCAGAACCUUAUUUCAGACUACUGGAUUGGACUCCGCGAGAGCUUCAAUGGCUCCAUACCAUGGUCCAGGUGGUCCAAUGGGGAUCCUGUUACAUAUCAGAACUGGUACCCUGGUCAUCCUGUGCUGAAGAAAAUAAUUCCUAAAUGUUUCUCAACUACACAAACUCCUCUGUCUACACCAAUGACUACCCCAAUGACUUCUCCUGAGACAACUUCAAUGACUUCUCCUGAGACAACUUCAAUGACUUCUCCUGAGACAACUACAGUGACUUCACCAAAGACCUCAUCAAUGACUUCUCCAGGGACCUCUUCAGUGGCUUCUACAAUUAACAAAACAGUGGACUACUGUCCUCUACUGACAGAAAUCCUUCUGUGCCUAAAUAUGACAUUAGGUGAAUUGGAGGUUGCAUACGAUGUUAGCUCUCCUCCUCAAAGUACAUCCGUUAAGCCUCAGACUGUCACAUCUAGUGACACCCCUAGUACCACUCCUAGUUCCACCCCUAGCACCACCCCUAGUACAACCCCUAGCACCACCUAUAGUACCACCCCUAGUACCACUCCUACAUUCACCCCUGAUACCACAGCAUAUGGCACCACAGACAGCCCUUGCAGCACAGAACCUGAAGUUCCUGAUGAGUAUAUUGAGGAUGCUUGUGUGGCCCUUCUCAGCUUUGGCAUGUGGAAGGAAAAACAGUGCUAUGAACUUCUACCUUUCAUCUGUUAUGAUGAGCGUUUCUUUGGGAAAAUAAACAUUGAUAAUGUGACCACGCAUGAAAGCUUUCUGUACUGGAGUGCGGGACCCGGCGAGAACAUCAGCCACUACAGAGUGGAAGUCACAGGGGACUAUAACCAGACUUUUAAUGAGACUGGCCUGUCCAAACAAAUACUGAAUCUCACAGCAGGAACACAAUACAAUGUCCAGGUGUUCCCAGUGAAGUGUGGCAGGGAUCUCAACCCUCAGAAUGUCUCCUUCUACACCUGGCCUUCUGGUGUUGGUGACCUGAAAGUAGUGUGUGUGACAAAUGAUAGCGUCAAACUCAACUGGACUAAACCAGAAGGCAACCGUGACUUCUACUCAAUACAAGUGUCAGACAAAUCAGAAAGCCAAAAGUUUAAAACUGAAGAGAGUGUCAUUAAGGGUCUUAUACCAGGCAACAAUUACAUUUUCACAGUAAGAGCUGUAGUGAAUAAUACUACUAAUGGUGUGCCAAGCAACAUUUCUGCUUACACCAUGCCUUCACAGGUCUCAGGCCUAAAAUCAGCAGACAAUGACAGUUAUGUCAUAACAGCCUCUUGGGACCAAAUUGUCGGCAACACAUCGGGUUAUCUUUAUUGUCUUAAUGAAACCACUCAGUGCAUUAACUGCAGUGUGCAUCAUAACAGCCCAGAUUGCACUAACUGCACCAUUAUUACAGACAAGCCCAUACAAGUGAGUGGUAAAAUACCUGGCACCAGAUAUUAUCUCUGUGUGGCAGCACUAACAGACAAUAACACCUUACAAGGACAAAUGGUUCAAAUCAAUGCAUACACAUGUCCAAGUACUGUGAGUAUUACUUUGACCCCAAAUAGCCAAACCAUAAGUGCCAGCUGGACAAUCGAAGGGAAUUAUAAAACAUUCAAUGUUAGUAUCAGAGAAUCAGCUGACAAUAGGACUGAAAGCACUAAGAAUGAAACCACUACGGAGUUGCAUUACAGUUUUACUGGGCUAAAGGCAGGAGUGAAUUACACCAUCACGGUUGUCACUCUUCUAGAGAAUGGACUGCCAAGCGAUCCUGCUAUAAAAUCAAUUUAUACUAUCCCUACUAGCCCUGGGCCAGCAACGGCCAUUGCUUUAAACAGUACUGCCAUAAAUCUGACCUGGGAAGCUCCAAAGGAGUCAUUGGGAGCCUCAAAAAUUAAUUAUUAUGUUACAUAUUCAUCUAAAUAUUGGAAUGAAGGCAAGAACACAACUGUAGAGAAGGAAAACAUCACUUUUAAUAAUUUAAGAUCAGGAACAAGGUAUAACUUCAAUGUCUACGUUGUGGCUGGUAAUCUGACAAGUAAUCCAGUCUAUGCUUCUGAAAUGACAGUGCCUGAAAAGAAGAAAUUGACCUUCACAAUGUUGUGCACCACUGGAACUCCACUUUACUGUAGUAACGACAUGACUCAGAAUGCCACAAUAACUGAGCUGAUGAAGUAUAUUGACAAAAACUUUAAUCGCAGUGAUAUCCACUGGAUCCUUAAAUCGAUAAACAGGAAAUGAUAAUGCCAUGAUGCCUACAGCAAAAACUUGGUUUGUAAAAACAAGCUGUCUGACGAUAAAACCAUCAUAGGUUUUCCUUGUUGUUUUAAUUGUAUGGCUUAACAAGCUAACUAAUAUUUACAAUUUAUAUUUAACUCUGACUUGGCCCAUUCUCAUGCUUUGAG